AUUAGCAUUUCGACAUAUACGUUCAAGAUUAUUCGAACUGAUAAAUCACUCUAUUAAUUUGUAAAAGUAAAUACAGUGUAUUUUGAGAUACACUAUAUUGUCACUCAGAUCGAAAUGACCCGAGUGCAUAGCGGAAAAUACAUUGACUUUUCGUCUCGAGACGUGGAUUGUAUACCGAUGACGACUUACAGUCGAGCCUAGACGUCACGGUGUGAGUUAUUACCGAUACCAAUGAGUGGCGGAUCACGACCUCGGCAUGCUGCCAACCGGCUCGUCGCGUAAUUAACAAUCCUACACGCAGAGAACCAUUCGUUUACGUAUGCGAUCGCGUAAGAAUGUGGAGGUGUGCGACGUCGAGGACGACCUGGGACCGUUAUGAGUCUUUUCGAGACCAGUCUCGUCCGAUCGGCCGUUCGCGAACCUCGAGAUUGUACGUGAAAAUCGCCGAUUAAUGAUUGUCUACAACAGACAUUUUCGCAAAGAGAAUUAAUCAAAUAUUUGAGAUUGUUCGCGAAAGACAAUUGUUUGUCUAGAAUUUGAGAGUUUUCAAGGACAACGUGACAUUUUUCAAUUGAUUCUGUGAAUUUAUUUUUCUUGUAAAUAAAGUUUUUAUUAUUAAAUUAAUUAUAAUUUAUAUUAAAAGCAUAGCAGAUUUGUGAUUUUUUAUAUAGUGCAUAUUUGGAGAGGGUAAUAAUUAUUUUGGAUUAAUAAAAAAAUAUCUCAUCAUGAAGAUAUUAUGCAGUUUGAUGGUGGUUUUGAUUCUUCGACAAGCCAUCGCCGGAAUCGUUAGGAAGCCUCCGGCAUUUUCAACACCAGUAUACGCGAAUUCGUAUCUGCCUGCCGUCAUGCAGAAUACUAAUAGAAACUUGAUGAACUUUAAUAUCUCUGCAGCAACACUUUUUACAAAGGUGAUUUUUCACACGGUUGAGCAAUUGAAACAACUCCAAGCAGAGGAAACAUCGCAAGAAUCGUUAAUAUCUAAAUUGCCGACAUCGACUGAGUUGAUAGAACAUGAACAAUCGCAAUCGACGACACUCAAGGAGACUUCCAUGACAUCAACUGCUACAACCGCAAAAAUACAUGAUGAAAAAACAAAAACUCCCGAAAUGGUAGCCUCGAUUUUGGUGAGUGAAACAUCAAAUCAAGGAUCAUCCGAGAUUUACGAUGAUCUUACGGAAGCCGCUCAACACGUGGAAACUUCGAUUUCAAGCAGUUUGUCUAAUCAUGAAGAGACACCUGAAGUAAACGAAGAGAUGGCCGAAAUAAACUACGAGUCACCGGCCACGCCGGAAGCGAAUCACGAAUUACCGGAACUCGUGCAGGAGACUCAAGAAUCGAAUCAGGAGGUCCCAGAGAAGAGCGAAGAAUACUCAACCAUUGUAAAUUUCUCCAAGGACGAGACUUUGCAGUACGACAAUAUGUCGCAACAACAAUCGACACAAAUUUCCGUCACGAGAGCUAUGGAUAGUCAGAAGAAGAAGGAACCGACAGUUGACAGCGUUGUGGACGAAAUUUAUGAAAUCGUAAAAACGAGCACUUCCCCGUUCAGCGAGGAACCGGAUAUUACCAGCGAAUCGAAAAGUGCGAUGGGAAUUUCAAUGGACAAGAUAGAGACCAUCGAGGACGAGGAAGACGAAACGAGGUUCACUCUGUUGGGCGAGAAAGUAUCUCAAGUACCGCGGCCAAGUUUGAACAGCUACUUAAAGCGCGUCAAAGUGCCAGUCAGGCCGGCUCUUCAGCAACUGGCGAAUCUUUACGACUCCCUCAGUAAGGACGCGCGGAAGCAAGGAUUCGCCCGUUUUGCCGGUUACUCGGACGAAAUUCUGAAGAGCCUCCAUUCAUCAGCCGAGGGUGGCGUCGGACCGCAGUUGAAACAGCUGCUAGAAAAAGUAGUAGAGCGGAACGAGCUCACCAGGGAUGACGCAAAGAUAAAGACAUCGCAAGCGCUGAACGACCUCGACAAUCCUGCCAGCGCGCUCAACAAGGAUUUGAGACGUCUAUUACCUUUACGUUUUACGCCGUGAUUUGACAGAAGGAAUUUUUAUCAUCUUUGAGAAACGAAUAUUCAAACAAAUCUCUUGCAAUUUUAUUUAUUUGGUUAAACAAAUGUUUUAUUCUUUAUAUUCUUACGGAUUAUUUUUAAAAAUGAUAAUGAUGCUCUCUUUCAACUUUGGAAACUUUUUUUCAGCAAUUUAAAAGAUAUGGAAAUGCAUAUCUUAUAUGUCUUAUGAAGAGUUAUUUUUAUAAACACUAUAUAUACCUACAUAUAUUUAUACUGAAUAUUUUUGAAAUAUUAUUUUUAAUGAAAAUACAAGAUUUAUUGAUCGAAAUGCUUAUUUGCAUCUUUUUAGCACGAAUGCGUGAAAUCACUUUAUAUAAUUCCUGUAUUUUUUAAUUGACGAAAUCUUUUAUAUAUAGGCUUUUAUAUCUAGGGGAAAUCGACAGAUCAAUGAAGAUCUCUGUCAACAUUAUAUUUGAUAUAUUAUACAAUACAUAUAACAACGAAAGA